AUGGAAGUCCGGAAUGACGGAGCAACAAUGGACGAUGCUGAGCGCUACUCGUCCGAAAUGAAAACGUACGAGUCUCCCGAAAACACGAUCCUGAGCCCACUUGACUACAGCAGAGUCCCACUAGACGUGGAACCAUCGUGGCACCAUCGGAGCCACGUGGCGCCUGGCUGUGGGGCGCAGUUCGACGCCGUCGACCUGUCGACUCCGUGUCCACCGGGUUGCAGUGGGGCCAGUGUCAGGUCCCCGCUCGGAGUGUCGCAUUGCCACGACAUCACGUCCUUCUGCACCCUCGAGGCGUCGAUCCCGAGAUGCGCAGGCUGCGAGCGCCCGAUUUUGGACAGGUUCAUUCAGAAGGUUCUGGACAGGACUUGGCACGCAGAAUGUCUCAAGUGCUCGGAUUGCGGGGCCCGACUGGCUGACAAGUGCUUCGCCAGAGACAACGGCAUCUACUGCAAGGAAGACUUCUUCAAUCGGUACGGGACCAAGUGCGCAGGCUGUGAGAAGGGCAUCCCGCCGACGCAGGUCGUGCGCCGGGCCGGGGAGUGCGUGUACCACCUGCCCUGCUUCUCGUGCCUGCUCUGCAAGCGCCAGCUCAACACGGGCGACGAGUUCUACCUCAUGGAGGACCGGAAGCUGGUGUGCAAGACGGACUACGAAAGUGCCAAGGCUCGAGAAGCGGAAGCCGCCAACAAGCGGCCGCGGACGACCAUCACGGCCAAGCAGCUGGAAACCCUGAAGACGGCCUACAACCGAAGCCCGAAGCCGUCUCGUCACAUCCGCGAGCAGCUGAGUCAGGAGACGGGACUCGACAUGCGGGUGGUCCAGGUCUGGUUCCAGAACCGACGGGCCAAGGAGAAGCGGCUCAAGAAGGACGCCGGACGGACUCGGUGGGGCAACUACUUCCGCAGCAUGAAAGCAGGCGGCGGCGGCGGUGGAGCGGGUGGCGGUGCAGGGUCGCCGCGGCGAGACGGCGGCGGCAAGGGCCGCGACGACCGCCUCAGCGACGACACCGACGCCGAGACCUCUUUUGACACUGGACACAUGCCGGAAAAUGACUCGCAUAUGCUCGGCAUUUGUUCCGCUUUGUUCCCGACUCGAUCCCUGGGCGAAGCAGCUCAGGACUGA